UUGAACAAGAUGGCGGCGCCCAUGAGUCGGCAGGAGACGUGACUUCGGGGGGUGCUCGCCAGGAUUGUGUAUAUUCUUGAGUUAGAAAAAAAGUCAUAUUAACAAAAAUGGCAGGCGUUUUUUACGUUUGACUACAUGUGCUUAUAGCACUACGGCCUUUUUCGGAGCUAAACGUCCCUUAAGGUGCGGCUCUAAAAAGGUGAAUGCAGAAGAAUGGAGCGACCACUCGCCAGCCUGGGCCAGAGUUUUAUUUGUCUUACAAGGUUGAGGAAUAAGCCAAGCAGUAAAGACAAGUGCCUCCUUGCUGCAGUGCGAUCAAUUUUUAGUGAAACAGGCCAAUGGGAGAGAGAAUAUAAGGUGGAGACCAGGAAGAAGGUGGAAAUGUGGUGGCAUCCGAAAAUCAAGCAGCACUGGAAGACCACGUGGGAAGCAAAUGCAUCCAGUCCGAAAUUUUAUGUGCUGUCCAUGUUCCCGUAUCCUUCUGGGAAACUUCACCUGGGUCACGUGCGAGUGUACACAAUCAGUGACGCAAUAGGACAUUUUCAGAGAAUGCGAGGCUGUCAGGUUCUAAACCCCAUGGGCUGGGAUGCAUUUGGUCUUCCGGCAGAAAAUGCAGCAAUAGAGCGCGGCUUGGAUCCUGAGGAGUGGACCAAAAGCAACAUCACUCAUAUGAGACAGCAGCUGCACAGCCUGGGCCUCUGCUUUUCCUGGGACAGGGAAGUGAGCACCUGCAGCCCCGACUACUACAAAUGGACGCAGUACCUGUUCACUAAGCUGUUCGAGUCCGGCCUCGCUUAUCAGAAGGAGGCCUUGGUGAAUUGGGAUCCCGUUGACCAGACCGUUUUGGCCGAUGAACAGGUGGAUGAGAAUGGGUGUUCGUGGCGCUCUGGAGCGAAGGUUGAGCAGAAAUACCUGAAGCAGUGGUUCAUCAAAACUACAAAGUAUGCCAAGCCCCUGCUCGAUGCCCUGGCAGAUCUUCCCGAGUGGUAUGGAGUGAAAGGCAUGCAGGCCAACUGGAUUGGCGAGUGCACCGGCUGCUUCUUCAACUUCCAGCUGAAGGUCAACAACAAGCUAACUGGCGAGGAAUUGUCAGCAUACACCUUCACCCCCGAAGCUAUUUAUGGUGCCGCCUUUGUGUCAAUCCUUCCAAAUCAUCGACUCCUACAUGGCAACAACCCUUUGAAAGAGGCUCUGCGAAAGGAAUAUUCAGCAGGAAAAGAUAUCCUGACCUCGGUGACCGCAGUGAACCCACUGACUGGCAUGGAGAUUCCUGUUGUCAUCAGCUCUAAGCUCGAGUUUCCUGGGCACCUGGACACCAUGAUUGGUAUCCCAGAUGCCAGCAAUGACGACGCCACAUUGUCCAGGAAGCUGGGGUUGGCCCACCCUCGAGUGUUCGAAACGCUGCCAGAUGGAACAGAGCGUCUCAUUCAGUCUGGAGAGUUUACAGGACUGGACAGAGCAGCUGCCUUCAAGGCCGUCACCAAGUGGGCCAUUGAGAGGAAUGCCGGCGGGUACCUGACCAGCGCCAAGCUGCGGGAUUGGCUGAUCUCUCGCCAGCGCUACUGGGGCACACCCAUCCCCAUCAUCCACUGCCAGUCUUGUGGUGCUGUCCCUGUGCCUGAAGGCGACCUGCCUGUCUUGCUUCCCAAAGUCGAGUCUUUCACUGGCAAGGGGGCCUCCCCGCUGGCUACAGAAUCAGACUGGCUGCACUGCACGUGUCCCAGGUGCCACCGUGCUGCCCAGAGAGAGACGGACACGAUGGACACAUUUGUGGACUCUUCGUGGUAUUACUUCCGAUAUGUGGACCCCCAUAAUGACAAGAGGCCUUUUGAUCCUCCUGCUGUUAACCGUUGGCUGCCAGUGGAUUUGUACAUUGGGGGGAAGGAGCAUGCGGUCAUGCAUCUGUACUACGCCAGGUUUAUGAGCCACUUCUGCAAAGACCUCAAGCUGACCAAACACAGAGAGCCUUUCCACAAGCUGCUCGUUCAGGGCCUCAUUAAGGGUCAGACCUUCCGACUCGCCGAGAGUGGUCAAUACCUGAAGAGAGAGGAGAUUGAUUUCUCAGGACCUGUUCCCGUCCAUGCUGUCACCAAAGUGCCACUGCAGAUAACGUGGGAGAAGAUGAGCAAAUCCAAGCACAAUGGGAUCGACCCAAACGAAGUGGUGCAGCAGUAUGGCAUCGACACGGUCCGCCUGUACAUCCUCUAUGCUGCGCCCCCGGAGCAGGACAUCCUGUGGGACGUGAAGACUGAUGCCAUCCCUGGAGUCCUCCGAUGGCAGUCAAGACUGUGGGCCUUAGUGACCAAACUGAUAGAUGCAAGAAGUUCUGGAGUGACACCCUCACCAGACUGCCUGAGUGCAAAAGAAAAGGCAGAAGUGAAGAAAAUCUGGGGAAACAAAAACUACGCCAUUGCACAGGUGACAAGCCACUUCACAGAAGACUUCCUGCUCAACGCUGCAAUCUCUCGCCUCAUGGGUCUCACCAACACGCUCUCGCAAGCCUCCCAGAGGGCCAUUCUUCACAGUGCCGAGUUUGAAGACGCCUUGGCUGCUUUGUGCGUGAUGGCAGCACCUUUGGCACCACACAUCACUUCAGAGAUAUGGAGAGGUCUGUCGCAGGUCCAGAACAAGCUGACAACGGGCUGGCAGUGGGACUCGGACGUUCUGCUUCAGCGAUGGCCUGCUGUGGACCCAGAGUACCAGAAGCAGCCCGAAGUGGUGGAGGUGACCGUUCGGAUUAACAACAAACCUUGUGGGUCCAUCAGUGUGCCACAGCAGGAUGCCAGGAAUGCAGAAUUAAUCCAAGAGAUGAUCCUGAGCAGCGAGCUGGGGCACCGACACCUGCGGGAUAAGAAGAUCAGGAAGGCCAUCCUGGCACCCCGGGUGGCGCUUAUGAACUUCGUGGUGGAAGAGGAGGAGCGACGGGCACCGGACUCGGUGCAGAACUAAGACUUCAAUGGUCAAACGACAAGACCACGAUGAGCAGGGUGAAGUGCUCAGCAGGGCCACCGGGGGGCCACAUUGCAAUCCCUGAAGGAGGGGAGUCCAAUAAAGGAACCUGAGUAAGA